ACGGCGGAGCUAACUGUGACCUGAGGAGAAACACGGCUGCGAGUUUAACACCGACACAGACACAUCACAGUAUGAGUUCACCAGCAGAGAGCCGGUGACGUUCACAGCUCAGGUGUGUGUUAUAUCAGCAGCAGGAUGCCCAUCCCUCCUCCUCCUCCUCCUCCACCAGGGGGCCCCCCGCCGCCCCCCACCUUCAGCCAGGCCAACACCAGCCCUCCGAAGCUGAGCAGAGAGGAGGCCAAAGGUCGCGGCGCUCUGCUGUCAGACAUCUGUAAAGGCACCAAGCUGAAGAAGGUGUCGGUGGUGAACGACCGUAGCGCUCCGCUGCUCGACAAGCCUAAAGGAGGCGGACCAGCAACAGGAGGAGCCAAUGGGAGCGGAGCAGCGAGCCCCUCAGGUUCUGUUCCACCAAUAGGAGGACUGUUCACAGGCGGAGUUCCCAAACUGAGGCCAGUCGGAGACGGAUCCUCUGGACGUUCUCCCUCCACACGAGCUGCAGCGCCCCGCCCCCCUAGUCAUCGCCAUGACGACGCAGAGAGCCCCUCCCCUCAGGCAUCAUCGCCGAUGGAGACGUGUCGCUCCCAGCGUCCUUCACUCCCCAACCUGUCUUCCUCUCCCUCCCCCUCCUCCCCCUCCUCUGCUGCCUCCUCCCCCUCCACUGGCAUGAAGCACUCCUCCUCCGCCCCUCCCGCCCCUCCUCCCCUUUCUCGCCGUGGUAACGCCCCGUCCCCUCCAUCCUCCUCCUCUUCUUACAACAGAGAGAAGCCCCUCCCUCCGACCCCUAACAACACCCCACCCCUCCCCUCCAAACCUCCCCCGUCUCCUGGCAACAGCAGACGCCCCCCAACCUCAGGAGGAAAUCCUGCCUCUUCCACCCCCUCCUCCUCCUCUUUGGCCCCCCCCCCUCCACCUUACCGCAUCACCAAUGGUCCGACAGGUGGCAGUGGGGAGGCGGCGCCCGAGCUGCCGCAGCGUCACAACUCACUCAGCAGUAAGAGGACCGCCCCCUCACCUGGAGGCCACACCCCCACAAGAGGCCCCGCUCCACCUCCACCCCCCUCCUCUCCCACCCCCUCCCAACAAGGUGCCAACAGGCCGCCGCCCCCUGUCAGAGAGCCCCCCACCAGAGGGAAACCUCCUCCCCCGCCCACCCGCACCCCUGCUGCUCCUCCCCCGCCUCCCCCUCCCCUCCGCAACGGACACUCCUCUUCCUCCUCCUCCAUCCCUCGCUCGUUCGUCGACGACUUUGAGUCCAAGUAUUCGUUUCAUCCUCUGGACGAUUUCCCUCCUCCAGACGAGUACAGACACUUCACCAAGAUCUACCCCAGCAAGGCCAACAGAGCUCCCCCUGUUCCGGUCCAGUCGUCGUCUUCGAGGGCCGGGGGCAGAGAAGCCCCGCCUCCCCCGCCUUACAGGACACAUGGUAGCCCCUCCCUCUCUUCUGAGCCCCCCACCAGAGGGAAACCUCCUCCCCCGCCCACCCGCACCCCUGCUGCUCCUCCCCCGCCUCCCCCUCCCCUCCGCAACGGACACUCCUCUUCCUCCUCCUCCAUCCCUCGCUCGUUCGUCGACGACUUUGAGUCCAAGUAUUCGUUUCAUCCUCUGGACGAUUUCCCUCCUCCAGACGAGUACAGACACUUCACCAAGAUCUACCCCAGCAAGGCCAACAGAGUGAUGAGAGGAGCUCCUCCCCUUCCUCCUGUCGGGAGGUGAACCAUGGAAACUACAACACAGCUGGACGCACACACACACACACACGCACGCAUGCACA